UAUAUGUAUAUAUAUAUAUAUAUAUAAUAAUGUUAUUAAUAUUCGUCGAUUAAUUUCUUAAAAGAUAAUCAUUCAUUUCUAGUGAAUUUAAUUGAGAGAUCGAUUCUAACCAUCGAUUUUAUUAAUUCUAUUAUUGAACAUUCUUUGUGUUAAUCUUUACGAAAGAAAAGAUCAUUGUGAAGUGUAUACAGCAUGAAGGAUCUAUUAAUGAUUUGGAAUACACUGACGGGAAGGAGAUGUUCUACGAUAAAUAAUAAUUUCGGCAUGGCCGGUAUAAACGAACAAGAUGAAAUAACGAUAUCGCGGAAUACGAGAAACCGGAGAAAGUCUUCGGUCGUAGUGAAUCAGUUCUUCAAUGCGGCGACCUUACCGGUACAAACUAAUGGCACACCGAGGUGGUCACGAAGCAUAUUCAUGCUAAUGACCUUAGGAUUAAUCGGACUUGUCUCAGGCUUUUUAAUUCUCAUCUGCCAACCUUACGAUCGGCUCUUUCAAUUUAAAGUUAUAUUCGGCGAAGGAGGAGAAAUAUUUGAAUUCUGGAGGAAACCUGACGUGGAUAUUUUCUUGAAAGUCUAUCUAUUCAAUAUCACUAAUCAUGACGAUUAUUUAUCUGGAAAGGAUAGCAAACUCAAUUUCCAAGAAAUUGGACCUUAUGUAUACAGGGAGCAUAUGGAACACGGCAACAUCAAAUUUAACAGCAAUGGCACUGUAUCCGUUAUACCACUUCAUCCUUUAGUAUAUGUACCGGAAAUGAGUAAUGGUUCUGAAGAAGAUAUUCUCAUUUUACCAAAUAUCGCGCUUCUGAGUAUAACCAAUGUAAUAAGAGAAGCAUCGUACAUUACAAGAUGGGGUUUAAAUAUGUUGAUUCAUCAAACAGACUCGAAACCUUUAGUACCUAUGACUGCUCGAGAGUUUAUGUUCGGUUACAAAUCUACUCUGCUUACUCUUGGAAAUCAAGUUAUGCCAUCGUGGAUAUCAUUUGAUAAACUCGGUCUUAUCGAUAGAAUGUAUGACUUCGAAGGUGAUUACGAGACUUUUUACACCGGUGAAAAAGACGUGAAAAUGACUGGUUUGAUCGACAAAUAUAACGGCAAUGUCGACCUUCCCCAUUGGAAAGGAAAAUGUGCAAAUAUUCAUGGUGCCAGUGAUGGAACUAAAUUUCCAACUUAUAUACAACCUAACGAUACUCUUCUUUUCUUUCGAAAAAGUCUUUGUCGUAGCGCUCACAUGACGCGAACCGGUGAAAAAGUUAUAAAAGGCUUAUAUGCAUACAAGUAUAAUUUCAUGGAAAACGAAAUGGACAACGGUGCUUAUAAAGAAGAAAACAAAUGUUAUUGUCGAGGUGGACAUUGCUUACCUCCAGGUUUAGUAGACGUAACCGCUUGUUAUUACGGUUUUCCAAUAGCACUGUCCUAUCCACAUUUCUAUAAAUCUCAUCCUUCUCUUCUCGAAGCUGUAAACGGUCUAAAACCAGAUUCACAAAAACACGAAUCUUAUUUUUAUAUACAACCACAAUCAGGCUUGCCAGUUGAUUUGGCUUUCCGUUUCCAAAUUAACAUGGCAUUGCAGGAUAUCGGACACAUGGCAAGAGUAGAAAAGUUUUCUAACUUUGUUCUUCCACUUCUUUGGUUUGAAAUAGGAAUGUACGAAUUACCUGCGAACAGAAAUUCAUUAUUUUACUUAUACUUGAACAUUUUACCAGUAUUGCAAGAAAUCAGUAUAUAUCUCAUGUUCAUCAUGGGCUCAAUUUUCCUUAUUUGGAGCAUUGUUAAAAUACUUCUUUAUCGACCGAAAGAAUCAAAUAUUUAUGACGAAUGGUUCGAAGAAGAAAUGCAAAAAAAAAGAUUACAAUUCCUAAACGAUAGAAGAUCUUCUGUGAAAGUAAAAGAUGCAGAAUAUUAUUACAGUACUUUGCUUAGUCAUUCAAAGGACGAAACGACCUCCAAUAUAUUAGAAGAUUUAUCAACAACGAGAAACGAAAUAAACGUUUGAUUGUAAACAUACGAUCCGUUCGAGACGUAGAAAGAGGCUAUUGUCGUCACGGACACACACUCGUCGAUCUAAUAUCUUUCAGUAAAUACAUUCAAUAUCUGAGAGACGAGUAUUACUGACGACAAAGAUGCGAAUCUUCGAUAAUGCCAAAUAAAACGAAGAGCUGGCUUCAUUCUCUCCAGAUCAUUUUUCUUCCAACAAGUGAAAUAUCAAGAGGACAGAGAAUUAGAAGAAGACCGUGUCGUGUUUUAAAUCGAGGUACUUAUUUCUUUUAAUUGCCAUUUUAUUGUCUUUUUUAGUCUUUCGUAGACAAAAGCUUGAUCGAGAAUAAUUCCAAUUCUUAAUUCGAAAGUUGAGUCCUAUUGAAAUCGAUCGAUUUUUAUAUUCCUGUAAAUUCUAAUACGAGUUUUUUAAUUCGAUUAAUAAGGGUCAAACAAUAAAUUUUAAUUAGUAUGCAAGGAAUGAUAAAUGGUAAUUAAAUUGAUUUUUAUAGCACAAGUAGUAGUUGUAUUGCUACUUCGAAGUACGUAUACACGUUAUUACAUUUACAUUUUUACAUUUCGUUACUUUACAGUGAUUGCGAUAAAGAAGUAAAAUAUGUAAAUAUGUAAAUAACAUUUUAAAAAAGUAAGCUGAUUGUUUCGUGAAUAAAAUUAAUGAUAAUUAUUUGUGUACUUAUUGCGUAAUGAAUAAUAAUACGCAACAUUUUGUACAUGUAAAUGAAGUAUUCUUUAAUAACGUGUUAAAAUUUAGGGGAGAUAGAUAGAAUUCAUAUUUGAUGAAAAAUAAAUGAUUAAGAACGAA